AUGGCAGGAUUUAAUAUAUCUAAUGAAAUUGAUCUAGCUGCUAAAGAAGUUCGCCGGUCUAUUGAUACCGAGAAUAGGAAAUAUUCAUCAAGGAAGCAUAAAUGCAGGAUAUUUUUAUAUGUUUUGUUAGGAAUUAUGGUAUUUUCAUAUGUAAAAUUUAUGCAGAUUCUUGGGAUAAUUAUUGUGCUGAAUAAAGAUAGUUCUGAUUGUAAAAAUCCGAUAAGAGCCUGGCUCAUUAUAAGCGCUAUUAUAUUGACUAUUGGGCUUUCAGGUGUAAUAAUCAUUGAAAUUGUCAAAGAAAAAAGAAUUAUAGAGAUAAAGAUAAUUUAUCAAGGAUUUUAUUGGAUAAUUCUAUUUUUGCUAUUUAUAUGGAUGGCUAUUGGCAGUGCUUGACUUUUUAAUGACUCAGCUUGUAAAAAUGGUAGAGGCUAUAUAGAUUUCUAUUCUGGAUGGGCUCUGACCCUUUCACUAUUGGUCAUAGAGUAUUUUAUGUUUUUCUUAUUUUCGUGCUAUUCUAUCUGCACAUUAAUUUAA